UCCGGAUUUUGCAGCCGGAGCGCUGUCAACUUGCACCGUUUAGAGGAGGAGGAGGAGGAGGAGGAGGGCACGGUCCUGUCACCCCUGCCUGGCUCAAGCCAGCACCGACCGGGCAUUUUUGUGUCCUCGACCCCCCUCCGAUCCGCUUGGUUACAAAAAAAAAAAAAAAAAAAAAAAAAAAAAAACAACCAACCAACAAAAAAAACAAAAAAAAACAAAACGGAAAACUACAUGUGCCCGGUUUCCGAUGAUCUCCUAACCUCCGGGACUCGCCCGCCGUCCGCGACUGAGGAUGUCUGUGUAUCCCAAGCUGAGCACAGUCAAGAUGGAGAGCGAAAAGAAGAGGAGGAAAUACUCCACGAGCAGCAACGACUCCGACACCACCGACAGCCAAGUCACUUCAUGGUCCAGGUUAUCAAAGAAUACGGGCACCAGCAGCACAUGGGUCCGCCACCAGCACAAGAAACCAUCAGAGGUGUUCCGCACCGACUUCAUCACGGCCAUGAAGCUGCCGGACUCCGCCCAGCUCGGCCCAGACGACUUCUACGUGCUGUCGGACCCCUGGAGACAGGAGUGGGAGAAGGGUGUGCAGGUCCCGGCCAACCUGGAGGCCAUACCGGAGCCCGUGGUCAGGUCACCGGCGGAGUUGACGGACGGCCUGUCCAUCACCGGGCGGGAGAAGGAUGGAGACUCUCGUCCUUCUCGUACUGAACUCUACAGCUGCUACGACCUGGACGACCUGGACGUUGCCUGGCUGCAGCUGGUCAACCAGGAGUUCAGACAGAUGGCCUUACCUGAGCUGGACGAGCUGACGAUGGAGUCCGUCCUGGUGGAGCUGGAGAGCGUGUGUGAGGAGAAGAUGCAGCAGGCCAUCGAGGCGGAGGAGGGCCUGGGCAUCGAGUACGAUGAGGACGUGGUGUGCGACGUGUGCCGCUCGCCGGAAGGAGAAGACGGCAACGAGAUGGUCUUCUGCGACAAGUGCAAUGUCUGCGUUCAUCAGGCGUGCUACGGCAUCCUGAAGGUCCCGCAGGGGAACUGGCUGUGUCGGACCUGCGCUCUCGGGGUCCAGCCCAAGUGUCUGCUCUGCCCCAAGAGAGGGGGAGCCCUCAAGCCCACUCGCAGUGGAACUAAGUGGGUCCACGUCAGCUGUGCCUUAUGGAUCCCUGAGGUGAGUAUAGGCUGUCCGGAGAAGAUGGAGCCUAUUACUAAGGUGUCCCACAUCCCUGCUAGCCGCUGGGCUCUGUCCUGCAGCCUCUGCCGAGAACACACAGGAACCUGCAUCCAGUGCUCCAUGCCCUCCUGUAUCGUGGCCUUCCAUGUGACCUGCGCCUUCGACCACGGCCUGGAGAUGAAAACCAUCCUGGCCGAGAAUGACGAGGUGCGUUUCAAGUCCUUCUGCCUGGAGCACAGCUGCACCGCCAGCAGCACGUCGAGUUCGGCCGGCGUGAGCAACGGCAGCCACGCGGCCGCCUCCACCACCAAUGGAGCGCACGGAGCCGCCAGAACGGAGUGGGCCGCCGCUGACAACGCCUCCGGGGUCCAGCGGGACCCAAAGAGCAGCGGCGAGCCAGAGCAGAGGUCCGUCUCCCACGUAGUUUCAGUGUCGGCGUCGGAGCGAGCCGAGCGGGACCAGCUGGAGCGGGAGAAGGUGAGCCAGAGGAAGCAGAAGCUGCAGGAGCUGGAGGACGAGUUUUACCAGCUGGUGGAGCCCAGAGAGGUCGCUGAGAACCUGGGGCUGCCCCACUCACAGGUGGAUUUCUUGUAUCAGUUCUGGAAGUUGAAGAGGAAGGCCAACUGUAAUCGGCCUCUGGUGACCCUAAAGAGGGACGAAGUGGACAACCUGGCCCAACAGGAGCAGGACGUCCUCUACAGACGACUGAAACUCUUCACGCACCUCCGACAGGACCUGGAACGGGUGCGCAACCUAUGCUACAUGGUGACACGAAGGGAGAAAAUGAAGCACUCCCUUUGUGACCUCCAGGAGAAGAUCUUCCACCUGCAGAUACAACUCCUGCAAGAGGACAUGGCUGGAGAGAAAACCCAGAAGGGAGAAAAGAAGAAGCAGAAUGGCGUGAAGGAUAAAGGGAAAGAGAGACGGAAAAAUAGUCCUGAGAAGAAAAAGGAGAGAUGGAACUCAGAGAACAGCUCUCUUCUUAAAGAACUAGGUUUGUCAAAGUCCUUUCCACUGGACAACUCUCUGUUCGACAGCUGGCUCGCCCAGUCGGUUCAGAUCACCGCUGACAACAUGCUGAGCCAGUGGGCUCUGGGGGCCCAGCAUCACGACAAAAGCGAAAGCCUGCUCUCUGACCAGCUCUUGCAGGACGAGGAGAGUCUGCUAAAUCUUAUGAUGGAGAACUCGAUGCAGUCCACCUGGAAAACACCACAGCUUGGCCGCAAACACCGAGGGACCACCAAGCCCCGCUUUCGAGGACAAAAAACCCCUUCCACCCAGUCUCAGAUGCUCUUCUCGGCAGCGGCUGCGUCCACUGCCAGCAGCCCGUCCACGGCAAAAGGCCUGUGGUUAGAGGAAAAGUCCAGUCACGCGGGCCGGAGAGGGGAAAAGUCCAGGGGUUCCUCCAGGUCCACGCACCACCAUCACAUUCAUCACCACCAGACCAGGAGCUCUGAUCUUCACAGGGGGCCUCCGCCGCAGCCGCCCAUCUCCAAGAUGGAUUCCUGUCACAUCUCUGAAGACCGGGACUCGUGGCAGAGCGUCCACAUGGGCAACGGUGUUGCGUCAGGAGCCGGAUCCGGUUUCAUAGCGAGCUCAUCUCCCCCUCUGGCUUCUAGUCCUGGGAUCACGGUGCCGGACACUGGGCUAAUCUUCCGCGGUGGCGGCUCGCGGCCCCGUCUGUCUCGCCAGGGUAAAUCAAGAGGGAGGGGAGGCAUCGGAGGGCUGGUGUCUAUGGACCUGGCUCUCGCAGGAAAAGACAUUUCCCUGUUGGACACUGCUGAGACGGACGGGUACUUCUCCGACGGUGAACAGAGUGAUUCGGACACGCGCUCCGGCGGACGGAAACUCCGGCUGCCGCAGCUGCACUCGGGGAGCGAGGACCUACUGAGGAGAAGCGUGCUGGCGUCUUAAAGACUCAAACUGACAAAUGCACACGUAAAAGGCAGUUAUUUAAGCAGGAUGCUGCUGGCCGUUUGUUGUUUUUUGUUUUGUUUUUUAAAAACCCCUCCAAAUGUGCCCAGUAUAAAGUCUACAAACCAUG